CCCCUUACUUUCACCCCCAUUGUGGUGAAUCUCGGGCUCUCUCACACGCUCUGCCAGACUUGCAGGAGUUUAGAGGCGCGGACCAGAACCGGUCGCCUUUUCAAAGAAAAAAAACUUAUUUUCCACGCAUGGAUCUAUUUUGUUCACUUCUGGGAUUUCGAGUAAGUGCAAUGGUUUGCGCUGCUGGGUAUUUUGGAGCGCCAACACGGAGGCAAAGGCCACACGGACUCCACACAGCAAAGUUUUAAAAGUAGUUUUCCCUUUUUUAAGUUGUCGUCUUCUACCCGCUCACACACGGUGCUUUGUGGGCUUUGAAGAACCGUAUAACCAUCAUGGCGAGGAGGAUCAGGCGGAGCACUUUGGCUUUGACGCUGAAUCCGCGCGCUGCUUUGCUGGAUACUCUGCUCGGGCUUCACGGGAGCUUGUCGGCUUGUGCGUGGGGUUUCCUUUUAACAUGUUGGGCUCUUUCUUGUGGAUAUUGUCGAGCUGACACGGAGUUUUCCAUUCUGGAAGAAGCACAAGUUCUGUCCGAGCAGAUGAAAAAGCUGUCCUCUCAGGAGCUGGGAGUCUUUACUAUGCAGAGGAUUUUCAAUUCGUUUGUGUACACCGAGAAGACAUCAAACGGAGAGACAGAAGUCCAGCAGCUGGCCAAGAAGAUUCGGGAGAAGUUUAACCGCUACCUGGAUGUGGUGAACAGGAACAAACAGGUGGUAGAAGCCUCGUACACCGCCCAUCUCACCUCUCCACUCACUGCAAUACAGGACUGCUGCUCUAUUCCAACAUCUAUGAUGGAGUUUGAUGGAAAUUUCAACGCCAAUGUGUCCAAGACCAUCUGCUGCGACAGACUCUCACCCACCGUCAACAGCCGAGCAUUCAACCCCGGACGAGACCUCAACUCAGUUUUGGCCGACAACCUGAAGUCCAACCCAGGCAUUAAGUGGCAGUACUUCAGCUCAGAGGAGGGGAUCUUCACUCUCUUCCCAGCCCACAAAUUCCACUGUAAAGGAACUUAUGAGCAUCGCAGCAGGCCUGUGUAUGUGUCUGCAGUACGCCCCCAGUCUAAGCAUAUUGUUGUGAUGGUGGAUCAUGGAGCAUCCGUGACAGAAACUCAGCUUCAAAUUGCCAGAGACUCGGCACUGGUUAUCCUUAAUGCAAUAGAUGAACAUGAUAAGAUUUCCAUUCUGUCAGUGGCAGAGAUGGUUCGUUCCUGCUCCCUGGACCAGUGCUACAAGAGUUUGCUCUCUCCAGCCACCAGCGAGACAAAGAGGAAAAUGAGCACCUUCAUCUCCAACAUCAAAGCCUCUGAUGGCACCACACAGCAUGCGGCGGGUUUCCAAAGGGCUUUCCAGCUUCUUCGAAACACCAGCAGCCUCAGCAAGCAAAGCACCACCACGGACAUGGUUAUCAUCUACCUGUCAUCUGGUAUAACAUCUCGGGAGUCAUCAGAGCAGGAGAAGAAAGCAACGCUCAGUGUGGUCAGAGAAGAGAACAGAUACUUCAACAAUUCUGUCAUGAUUCUUACCUACGCGCUCAUGAACGAGGGAAUAACAGGUCUGAAGGAGCUGGCCUUCUUGCGGGACCUGGCGGAGCAGAAUUCUGUUAAGUACGGUGUUGACCGUUUUCCUUUGGCUUCCUCGUUUGGAUCAGCUGGUGCUCCCAUGAUGCCUGUAGUGAAGGGUAGCAUGAUGGUGCUGAACCAGCUCAGCAACCUGGAGACAACGGUGGGCCGCUUCUACAUCAACCUGCCCAACCGCAUGAUCGACCUCGCCCGCUUCAGUUUGCCCUACGCUGACCCCGUGGGAGACGGGUUUAUUAUGACUGUGAGUCGGCCAUGUUAUUUCGGUAACCUGCUACUGGGCGUGGUCGGAGUGGACGUAAAUCUGGCCUACAUUUUGGAGGACGUCACGUACUAUCAAGACUCCUUGGCUUCAUACACCUUCCUCAUUGACAACAAAGGAUAUACCUUGAUGCACCCAUCACUAACACGGCCUUACCUGAUGACUGAGCCUCCUCUUCACACGGAUAUUAUUCACUACGAGAAUAUUCCUCGAUUCCAUGUUGUACGGCAGAACAUUCUCAACCUCCCAUUGGGCAGUCAGGUUAUCGCCGUUCCAGUGAACUCAUCUCUGUCUUGGCACACGAACCGACUCCGAGACAACAGCAAAGAUGCAUAUAACGUCAGCUACGCCUGGAAGCUGGUUCAGGACACAUCCUUCAUUUUAUGUAUAGUUUAUGUGCAGCCAGAGAUUCCGGUAAAACAGCUGAAAAACCUGAACACUGCACCCAGUUCCAAGCUACUGUACCAUCGUUUAGACCUGUUGGGCCAGCCCAGCUCUUGCCUCCACUUUAAACAGCUUGCAACCGUUGAGUCCCCCACGGUGAUGCUGGCAGCUGGCAGCUUCUCGUCUCCCUAUGAGCACCUCAGUCAGCCAGAAACAAAGCGCAUGGUGGAGCACUACACAGCCUACCUGAGUGAUAACACCAGGCUCAUCGCCAACCCGGGCCUUAAGUCCUCUGUCAGGAACGAGGUUAUGGCGACCAGUCACGUCACGGAUGAGUGGAUGACACUAAUGGAAAUGAGUAGCCUCAACUGCUACAUUGUGCGGCGUUACAUAGCAACGCCCAGUGGGGUGCUCCGGAUUUACCCUGGAUCAUUGAUGGACAAAGCCUUUGACCCGACCCGGAGACAAUGGUACCAGCAUGCUGUGGCUAACCCUGGCCUCAUCACCUUCACGGGACCUUACUUGGAUGUGGGCGGGGCAGGCUACGUUGUUACAAUCAGCCAUACCAUCCACGCUUCCAGCUCCCAGAUGGCACCUGGCUAUGCGGUUGCAGUGAUGGGUAUCGACUUUACCCUUCGUUACUUCUAUAAGGUUCUGUUGGACCUGCUUCCUAUCUGCAACCAGGACAAGGGCAACAAGAUCAGGUGCUUUAUAAUGGAGGACAGAGGUUACCUGGUUGCACACCCCACUCUCAUUGACCCUAAAGGCCAUGCCCCUGCUGAGCAACAGCACAUCACACACAAGGAGCCGCUGGUUGCCAAUGACAUCCUGAACCACCCCAACUUUGUGAAGAAGAACCUGUGCAACAGCUUCAGCGAUCGCACAGUGCAGCGCUUCUACAAGUUCAACACCAGCAUACUGGGCGACCUCACCAACCUUGUCCACGGCAGCCAUUGCUCUAAGUAUCGUCUGACCAGAAUACCUGGCACUAACGCCUUUGCCGGUAUCGUCAACGAGACGUGCGACUCUCUGGCGUUCUGCGCCUGCAGCACCGUGGACCGCCUUUGUCUCAACUGCCACAGAAUGGAGCAGAAUGAGUGUGAAUGCCCGUGUGAGUGCCCUCUAGAGGUCAAUGAGUGUACUGGCAACCUCACCACUGCUGAAAACAGAAAUCCAAGCUGUGAGGUACAUCAAGAGCCCAUCAGUUUGAACGUGAUUGAUACCAGUCUGCAGGACUCGCUGCCUCAGUGUAUCAACACCCGCUGCAGUCAGAGAUACACCAGCAGUGACUGUUUCGGUGUUUUGGACUGUGAGUGGUGCAUGGUAGACAGCGAUGGUAAGACCCAUCUGGAUAAGCCGUACUGUGCCCUUCAGAAGGAGUGUUUCGGGGGCAUUGUUGGUGCAAAGAGUCCCUAUGUGGACAGCAUGGGCAUCCUCGACGAAGAGGUGGCAUCUCUGAACAUGAUCAAGAGUGCCCCCGUGGGUCCGGUUGCCGGGGGUAUUAUGGGAUGCAUCAUGGUGCUGGUACUGGCUGUGUAUGCUUACAGACACCAGAUCCACAGGCGCUCGCACCAGCACAUGUCGCCACUGGCAGCGCAGGAAUUGUCAGUGAGAAUGUCCAACCUGGAUAACGACAGAGAUGAGAGGGAUGACGACAGCCACGAGGACAGAGGCAUAAUCAGUAAUACUCGCUUUAUUGCUGCGGUGAUCGAGAGGCACACUCACACACCAGAACGGCGACGGAGGUAUUGGGGAAGAUCUGGCACGGAGAGCGAUCACGGCUAUAGCACCAUGAGUCCUCAAGAGGACAGCGAGAAUCCACCUGGCAACAACGACCCACUUUCUGCGGGUGUGGAUGUCAGUAACCACGACGACGACAUGGACCUGGACACUCCUCCUCAGACGGCAGCCUUACUCAGCCACAAAUACUACCCCUACCGACACACGCACACGCACCACCACCCACUGCACACGCACCACCUACAAGCGGCAGUGACCGUGCACAGCGUGGACGCCGAGUGCUGAUCCUUGCCAGGGAUAGAACUUUUAAAAAAAUAUAUAGACUAUGUGUACAAAACAGGUGCUUAUUUCGACAGUGAGCACUGUCCAUCCCUCAUCAUCACCAUUUUUUUUUACCAAGUGUACAUAAUUUUACCCACACUGAAAAUGACUAAAUAUACCGUUUAUGUGACUUUGAUUUCCGAAGGAUUUUAAGACUUCUGGACUCGUUUUAAGAGCAACCUUGGAAACAACUAUAGCACAUUUGGAGACGUUCAUUGGCACAACUACCGGCUAAAACCUGUGAACAUGUUCCAUUCUCAUGCUGGAAGGCCAACACGGACACACAGCCGCCCCCAAGACUAACAUCUUUAGUAGCCUGCCAAGCUCGCUCUCGUUAUCACUACUGGAGGAUUUUACCUGGGACUUCAUCAUGCAGUUUUUUUUUCUUCACAUAUCUGCAGGAAUACAAAAACACUAUCAAUAGUUUAAAAACAAAUAUUUUUCUACUAUUUAUUCAAGAUUGCUGGACAGAAACAACAGCUGCAGCCUGUCAUGUGACGCGUGUCCACACACAUCUGGAUGGUUCGGUAAACAUUGAGCCUUAAUCACCUCCUGCGUGACAGCAGUUCAACUGUUUUUGUGUGUUCCUGCGAGACAUCCACCAUGAGGAACACCCUGAUUCUGGACCGUUGGUGGCCUUUGGGAUGCGGGAGUCAGAGCUAAACAUACCCAGUUUUAGAUAUAGAUGGAUAUUGGGUGUGUCCUGGAUCCUCUAACAGUUCUGCUCAGUGGGAAAACACAGCAUAAUAGUGUUCCUUAGUAGAAUGUACAGUAUAAAGUUUAUUAAUGAAUGAGAGGGAGAGAUGCUGCUGCUGUACAGAGGAGACACCCAUCUGUCAGCUCCUCUGUGAUUAACCACUCAGAAGUGUGUGUGUGUGUGUGUGUGUGUGUGUGUGACUGUGUGUGUAUGGGAGAGAGAGCUGGGAUGCAUUUGUGUAUUUUUCCUGAAGAUGGUAUUACAGAGCAUAGUUUAAAUGAUUGAUUCAUCCAACCGAUGAAGAGUCCCAAGACCCCAUAUCCGCUCAGUGGUGUCGAUUGUUUAUCCGGUUUGGACUUUUAGGUACAAAAAAAUGUCCUCAUGAUGUGUAAAUACAGAACAGGGAGUCCGUUACACUCCAUUUUUAUCGUUGAGGCGACCUGAUGAUGCUCUGAUGUUUGAGUGUGUGUUCAUUGGUGUCUUACUAUAUUUUUGAUGCCUUGGAUAUUUUUUUUUAGGUUUAUUUUUGUUUAGGUCCAUAUUGGAUGGAAGUCAGUACUUUUAAAAACUUACACACUUUUACAGGAGACUUAGUUUUUAAAGUUUUAUUGUGUUUUGUGGAGGUAUGGAAAGGAUACGGUACAUUUUUUUUUUUUGCAGCGAUAGUGACUAAAGUAGAAAAAGAGUUGUAUUCUGCUGUGAGCCCUCAAUCUACUUUUAUUUUUCUAGUAUUCUCAUCACCAACUGUGAUCUUACCAUCGACAAGCUAUGAAGCAGUUUUGAGAAUAAAGUCAUAGAAUUACGAGAAUAAGGGAGUAACUUUGCGAGAUAAUAAUAAUAAAAUGUCAAAUUGCAAGCGUCCCUCACUAUUGUGGUACCGUAAAGCAUACAGCAUCAAACCACUGGAACUCGCAGGAGGUCAUUAUAUCGUCUGACGUCACACAGCUACUUAAAACUCAAAAGUACACAUGUGUACCAAUAUGAGUUUAAAACACAACUUUAAAAGUUUUGCCAUAUUGCAUUGCGUCAGGCUCUGCAAUGACGUCAGCCUCCAUCUCAGCUCCGGGCCUCUUCUGCCUCCCUCUGGUGGACAGACGCAACAUUCCAUUUUACUUUCUGUGCUGCUUGUACUCUGAUAAAUUACUUCCCCCUGACAAAAUGCAUUAUGGGAAAACCAUGUUGGUACAUGUUUGUAUACUUACUAGGUGUACAUUUUGAGCGUUAAGCUGCUGUGUGAUCGGUUCAGUGUUUGUCAGUUUAUAAGAUAACAUUGUGACUCAGACUGUUAUAUUGAGUAGUGACUCUUGCAGUUUCCAAUGGGUUCACAAGCUUGUUGUGAGUUUUUUUUAUUUCAAAGCUCAUGAUUGGCUUCUAGUAACAUUACAUUGAUGAGACGUAUUCGAUGAUAAUGUGGCUCCCAUGUCAGUCAUUAUGUCAUACUUAUGUCUCAAAUGUCUCAAAUAUUGGGUAAUCCAAGUGUAAAGGUUAUGUAUUUCAUGGCUGGAGGGCUCGAAAAAUGUUUACGUAGAUGGUCAUAAACAGGUUUCCUAUGCUCUAAACUACAAAAAUAUUCAAUUUAUAAAUACGGGAAUGGACUUAAAGAGGGAAGAUUUACUACUUUUUUUCUUGUAAUUUUAGAUUUUUUUCUCUCCUUCAUAGCCUUUCUCAAUGAAUGAACACUGUUACUUGUACUACUCAUGUUUUGGGGGGGCUUCAGUUUCCUGGGAGGGUUUCGCCAGCCAACAAAUAAUGAAUCAUGUUGGUUAAGUUCUUUGUUCAAACAGACUGUAAGGGCAUUUUCAAUGUCUUUUAAUUGUUUUACAAACUCAUUUGGGCAUUUAAAAAAAACUUUUAUUUACAAAGUUUUUAAACAGUAUUGACCAGCUGUUCUAUAUACAGUAUAUGUGUGUAUGUAUGUGUGUGUGUGUGUGUGUGUGUGUAUACAGAAGUAACAUAAAUUCAUGUACUGAAGGAUGUACAUCACCCCCCUCAUGUAUCAUAUAAAGUUAUCAAAUUGAGAUUUAUUGC